UUUUUCUGUGUUAAACGAAGAACUCGAUGGAAGAGAAGAAGACGAAGGCGAAGAAGAAACCCUCAAAGAAGAGCGAAUUCGAGCUCUGCAAGGUGUGCCGAUUCCAUCACGACCAAGGCCCGCGCCACAAGUACUUCCCUCGCCACAAAGAGCUCCUCUCAGCUUUCCUCAAUCGAUUCCGAUCCAAAAUAGCCGACGUCAGAUUCUUCCUCAAAAACCCUAGCUUUCUAAGGCCACAAGAGGAGUCUCAAAACCGUGUUUGGUGCGUCUUCUGCGAUGAGGACAUCGUCGAGCUCGGCAGCUCCUUUGCAUGUUCAAAGGCAAUCAAUCACUUUGCGAGCUCCGAACAUCACAAGAAUGUCAAGCAGUUUCUCUGGAAACAUGGCCCAUCGAUGGAUUGCGCUGACGAUUUCAAAAUCUCAGAUGCUGAUGUAGCUAAGUGGGUGAGAAAAUGCACGGCAUUGGGAAACAAAGAUGCAUCUUCUUGCAGAGGACAGCUUUCUAGUGAUAUCCACAAUAAUAAACUUGAGUUUGAAAGAACUGAAAAAGUUCAAACGCACUAUAUUAAUCCAAAUGAUUUAAAUGAUGUUAAGCCUUUACUGUAUAAUACGAAUGAGUAUCAGAUAUCACAUUCAGGAGUUACACAUUAUGGUUCACAUCUGAACUUGGAUGCUUCCCAUCUCCCUCCAGGUGUGAUUGGAAUGACUAGCAAUUCUUCUUCACUUUACGGGGACUCUACCGGGAAUGUUCACACUGGAGCUCCCCCUCCGUGGCUUAAUCCAAAUGGUGGGAAUAUCUACAACCAAUCAGACAUUACCAAAGUUCAGGAAAAGCUUCCUGCAAAGACUAGUAAGCUGAACCCUCAUAGGGUUGGCGCUGCAUGGGCUGAAAGGAGAAAGAUUGAGAUGGAGAUGGAGAAGAGAGGACUAGCAGUGAAUAUCAACACUGAUGCAGACUGGCUUCCUAACUUUGGUCGAGUUUGGCAAUCAGGCACUCGUAAAGAUUCUAGAAAAGAAUUUGAGAAGGAAAAACGGAAGUUAGUUGUCACAGCUGAAAGCAUCUCCAUGGAAUCAGAAGAACGGAAGUUAGUCAAAACCGAAAGCAUCUCAGUGGAAUCAGGAGAACCAGUCCAGAUACAACCAUACGUUAGCAAACGAGCGCGAGCAAUGAAGAGUGGUGAGUGAUGGUUGUGGCUGACAUUCAAAAUGGAAACAAGUACGGAUCAUUCAUGUUGAAAAUUUAUAACCCUCUUUUCUUGUCGAGCUCUGAAAGAAUUUUAGAGGCAUGUGAUCAUGGAUACUCCUUUGAAGUAGUGUAAGAAAAUGGAUACAUUUUUUUCUUUUGUACUGGAAUCUUAUGCAGUAAUAAUAAUAUUAUCAUAGAGAAACGCCUUUCUUCUACUAUC